UUUAUUUGUCGAUUUCAUAUGGUUAUCUCUCAGAAUUGUUACAAGUUUUAAUGCAAUUACUUAUUACACUUGUUUGCAACUCGUCGAUUAGCAAAAAAGUACAAAGUGAAAAUGGAGGAAACGAUACAUAUGCAAGUUGAAGACAAUUCGCCCUCAAUAGAGCACAUCUUACGUCCAAUAUCAUACAUCUCCUGGCUCAUGGGUUUCGGCGUUGCACAUCCACGACAGAGUCCUAAAAUUGUAACGAUAAUCAUACGUAUCAUUCACUUGGCCGUGUGUUUUAUUAAUUUGGUAUACAUGAUAAUUAUGUUAAGAAACUAUGCAGCCCGUUUCAACUCCGUUUUAAAUGCAUUCAACGAUAUAUUUCACUUGAUGUACCUUAUAGACCUCUUGAUUCAUUAUGUGUCAGCGUCUUACUACGUUUAUUAUGGAAUCAGUCAGUACGACAAAUGGCUAGAGCUAAUGGACAGAAUAAAGGAGCUCGAUCAGAAGAUCAGGGGGGAAACAUCUAUGCAUGACCAACCAAUAAGAAACGUACACAUGAUAGCGAUUGUUGCAACUUUGACUGGUUCUCUUGUGAACCCGAUACUAUACCUGUAUUAUAACCUGUUAAAUGCAGAAACUUUUUUGACGUGCUAUAUGACAGCCCAGUGGUUGUUCAACAGCUCCGUUUUUGACGUUAUCGUCUAUGUGUUGUAUUGCAGAAUACAAACGAUAAAUAAAUCGAUAAGCCAAUUGGAUAAGUUAUCCGAUUAUGUACCAUGGAUCGCGUUCAAGAUUAGACGCAUCAGAGAAUUGCAUAAUGGUAUUUGUGAUCUCUUCACCGAGAUAAACGAUAUUCACAACGUUUAUCUUUUUUUCUACUCGACGAACUGCUUUACCACAGUCAUGGUUAGGAUGUUCGUCAACUACAAGGUUAUCGUGGAAACAUACGACUACAUCCAAGUAAUACUAAGUAUUUAUUGCAUUCUGUAUGUCACGCAAUUUGGUCUAACAUGUUGGAUUUGCACGCUCGCAAGUGAAGAAUUCCAAAAAACCGGACCAUUAAUAUAUGAAUUUGUACUGAAUACCAAAUACUUGAACAGAAACUGUGUUAGAAACGAGGUCAAUGAUUUUUCAAUUCAGCUGCAACAGCAUCGAGUAGCAUUUACAGCCUGCAAUUUCUUCGAAAUAAACAGUGCUUUUUUCAGUUGUUUCAUCGGGGUUAUGGUCACUUAUUUACUAGUCUUCAUUCAAUUUUAUGAAACAGCCAGAGACCUUGGAAUACUUGAAUGAAUGUUUUACCGAA